UCGUUAUUCCGUUUCCUUCAAAUCCAUCCGGUUCCUUUUGCAGAAGAUUGUGCUCAAGGUAGACAUAUCUGCUGAGGGGGCCAAGGCCAGAGCAUUUAGCAUGGUUGCCAAGAUCCCCGGGGUGAAGUCGAUCGCAGCGGACAUGGAGAAGGGGACGCUGACGGUGGUGGGGGAGGUGGACGUGGUCUGCGUGGUGUACGCACUGCGGAAGGCCAAGUUCAAUGCCCAUGUUAUCACCGUCGGGGAUGACAAGAUGGAAGAGCGGAGCAAGAUUCCGCCAGCAAGAAAUAAAGGGGAACCGUUGAAGAUUCCGCCCGCAAAAAAAGAGGAGCCGAAGAAGUUUCAGCCGGACCCGUCCGACGGCUACCAGGAGACCAGCAGCAUGGAUCUGCUGCUCCUGCCUUGGAAUAGUGUUUCUCUUGGUGCCAUGGUCUCAAUUUUUAGGAAGCUCGCGGGUACUGGACAUAAGACCGAAAUCAAGAAACUCACAACCAGGCUGCUCAAACUCUCAAGGACACAGGAUCCGCCUGUUACAGCGCGGAUCUGGAUGAAGGAUGUACGGGAACUAUCCUAUGACAUGGACAACUGUGUUGCCGCCGAAGAGGAUUGGAUCGGUAAGUUGUCAGGAUUCAUGGAUAGAAUGAGGGAGGCCAAUGGACGGUACGACACAUACAAGCUUGGGAGCGUCCCCAGCCGCCGUAUGGAUAUCGUCUCGAUCCCAGCGGUGGUCCGCGGCCAGAAGCCAGCAGAUCCAGUCGUCGGCCUACAUGCCAAGGGCGGCGCCGUCGAAACGCUCUGCAACUUGCUGACUGAUGGAGAUGAGCAGCUCAAGGUGCUAUCCAUUGUCGGUGUUGCAGGAAUCGGGAAGACCACGCUUGCCAAGCAGCUCUGGCGUGAGCGCAUGUUCCAGGGAUUCGACUGCCGGGCUUUUGUGCGGAUGGCCAAGAAACCUGACAUGAGGAGGAUUCUAAGGAGCUUACUUGCGCAAGUUCGUCCGCACCAACCACCCGACGCUAGUGACGUGCACGACCUCAUUCACGACCUCACCGAGCAUCUACAGAAUAAAAGGUACUUUCUUAUAAUUGAUGACUUAUGGGCUACAUCAGUAUGGGAUGUUGCUACCUGUGCUUUCCCGGAGGGUAAUCAUGGAAGCAGGAUAAUAACAACAACGGAAAUUGAGGAUGUUGCUCUAGCAAGCUGCAGUUAUCAGUCCAAGUACAUAUUUAAGAUGGAACCCCUCAGUGUCAGUCACUCAAAGGAGUUGUUCACCAGUGCAGUGUUUGGCUCUGGAAAAGAGAAAUCUCGCGAAUUGGAUUUAGUGUCAGAUGAGAUUAUAAGAAGAUGUGAUGGUUUACCACAGGCAAUUAUCAGCAUAUCCAGUGUUCUAGCAAGCCAUGGAGAGGCAAAUACAGUCGAGAACUGGGAGCAAAUACAGAACAGUUUGCCAACAAAUACAACUUCUGACGAGAUACUGAAACAAGUACUGUAUUUUUGCUAUGAUAGUCUUCCCAUUUGUGUUCAGGCAUGUCUGUUGUAUCUUGGUAUAUAUCCAGAAAACUACAUUAUCUUAACGGAAGAUAUAGCGAAGCAAUGGGUAGCUGAAGGCUUUAUCAGUGCACCAACUGAGAAACUAAAAAUGAUAGUUGCCCACAGCUAUUUUGAUAAGCUUGUCAAGAUGGGUAUGAUCCAACAGAUAGAUGCGAACUACAGUGAUGAGGUAUUGUACUAUGCAGUGCAUCACAUGGUACACGAUUUUAUUACAUCUAAGUGCAAAGAAGAGAAUUUUAUCAGUGUAAUAGAUUAUUCUCAAAGGACAGUGAGGUUUUCUAACAAGGUUAGUCGUAUGUCCCUCCAGUUUGGCAGUGCAACAUAUGCAACCACACCACCAAGUAUCGGGCUUUCGCAAGUCCGAUCACUUGCUUAUACUGGACUAACCAGCUGCUUGCCGCCCAAUUACAUCUCAGAGUUUAAGCUUCUUCGAGUACUGAUUCUCCAUAUUUGGGCUGAUCAACCAAGCACAGGUGUCGCCCUCGAGUGUAUCUCUGCAUUGCUUCUGUUGAGAUAUUUGCAGGCGACAUGCAACUGCACCGUGCAUCUUCCAGAACAGAUGCAACGUCUGAAACACUUGGAAACACUUGAAAUAAAUGCAAGAGUGGAAGCCAUUCCAUCAGAUAUCGUUCAUCUUCAGAGCUUGUUGCAUCUCCGUCUAGGAGGUGGGACACAACUGCCUUAUGUGACUGGUAUCCUAAAAAAUGUCACGCUGAAUCCUGCUAUUUCAAUGGAUGAGUCAAGCAGUCCUCCCGAUACAGUGAUGACAAUCGAGAUAUUGAUCCCCAUUUUUAGAACCCCGAAGCGGAUUGGACAGCUUACCAAACUCCGCAGUUUGAAAAUUGUUGUCAGAGAACUGCUAAGGAGUGAUAUCAGUAACCUCCAAGGAUUGCCAUCCCUCACUGUGCUCUCAUUGCACGUCCUGCGGCAAACUACAGAACUAAUCGGCUUCGCAAGUGGAGUAUUUCGUGCUCUCGUGUAUUUUGAGUUCAGGUGUGGCGUACUGCGCCUGAUUUUUCAGGAAGGGACAAUGCCUAACCUUCAGAGGCUCACGCUAGGUUUCAAUGCCCACAGAGGAGAACAGUAUGGUGCUUCGCUUCUCGGCAUUGAAGAUAUGUUAAGCGUCCAGAAGAUUUAUGGAAUGAUUGGGUCAGCAACCGGUGCUGAGGAACGUGACUUGAAGGCCGCAGAGUCUGCAUUCAAGAAAGCCAUGGGCAAGCACCCUAACGUCAGGGUAAAAAGAAUCGAUGUGGUUGAUGAAGAGUAUGGUCCGUCAGAAAAAGAGCAGACGGAAACGACCCAAGAGGAAGAUGCACCAAGUCAUGUAAGCAGUGAACAACCGGCAAUUCCGAAACAAGAGUCCAAGGAAGAUGCAAAGCAAAAUGACCCUUAUUCCAUUCAAAGGAGAACCAAUAGAAAGGAUGUCGCAAAUGUGGCGCAAGGUUACUCAGACAACCUAGAACUUGUCAGUGGUGCACGUGGAGAAGUUAACCUGAUGGAAGAAGAACGUAAGAAUAGCCUGGGGAGAGGCAACAGCAGCAUGGUUUUCACACUAAAUUUGAUCGAAACUAUUACAAAUGAUUUUUCAGAUGAUCAGAGAGUUGGCAGUGGUGGGCAUGGAGAUGUUUACAAGGCGAUAUAUAAAGGGCUAGAGAUUGCUGUGAAGAAGCUCCGUCCCUUGCAAGGACUUGAUGAUAAGCAAUUUCAAAAUGAAUUAUAUGACCUUACCAAGGUAUGCCACCAAAAUAUUGUGCGGUUAAUUGGCUAUUGCUACGAAUCUCGGCAUAAAUACAUCAAGCACAAUGGGGAGACUAUUUGGGCGAAAUCAAUGGAGAGGGUUCUCUGCUUUGAAUAUAUUCAGGGUGAAAGCCUCGAAAAACAUAUUGCAGAUGGAUCUUGUGAACUUGGCUGGCCCAUGUGUUAUAACAUCAUCAGGGGGACUUGUGAGGGCUUAAAUCACCUUCAUAGUGCUCCGGACAAACCUAUUCUCCAUCUAAAUUUGAAGCCUGCUAAUAUACUCCUAGAUAAGAGCAUGAUGCCCAAAAUUGCAGAUCUUGGUUUGUCACGGGUUUUUGCUUCAUCAGAAACACAUCAAACAGAGAUUGUCAAUGGAACAAACGAAUACAUGCCACCAGAAUACUUAGACGAUCGCUUUAUCUCAAAGAAGUUUGACGUGUUCAGUUUUGGUGUCAUAAUUCUAAAGAUGGUGGCAGGAAAUACUGGAUAUUUCCAUUGUUCUGACAUGUCUCCCAAGGAGUUUAUUAAGAUCGUAAGUGAAAAAUGGACCAAAAGGUUGCAGGCAAUGCCUGGCUCAUACUCGUCACAUGAAGUAGACAUCAUACGAGUGACUACGUGCGUUGAGAUUGCACUAAGGUGUGUCGACAAUGACCGGGAUAAAAGACCUCGGAUUAAGGAUAUUGUCCAUGAACUAGAGGAACUAGAAGUUGAGAUAGAGAAAAUGUCAAUACAUGAACUACAUAACCUAACUUUACAGGAAAACCUUGAAACACAGACGAGGGAGGUAGAAGAAAAAAGGGUCAGAAAAGAACUGAUGAUGGCUGAGAAUUGCUUUGGUGAAGUAGUGGACAACUACAAGUUGAAUAAAAUGACGAGGUACAUGGGUAAACCAAAGACGCAGGAAGACCGAGCACGAGAGGCCCUGAAUCAGGUGAACGAGGAUGAUAAGGAAGGCAAGGCGUCAAGUUAUGUGGAUGAUCUCAAGAGAAUGCACGGCGGCCUAGUGUCCACGUCGUGCCUCGUAUAUAACGCGACAGGCGACACACUGUACCAAGUUGACUACCACGACUGGCAUGGCCACAUUGGCAGCCCUCCCUGCCCUGCUCGGAUAGGCAACGGCCAGUGGGCAGCAUUCCAUCACGUCAAAGCUGCCUGCGAGACAUCUGGUUCGGCAGCGGCCGUUGUCUACCGCAGCAAGAAUAGAGAUGGCCAGGACCGGGAAUAUCUGGUUGCCUGGAGUACCCCGUGGGGUCCCUUUUCCUCUACUAAUAAGGCUUAUUGCGAGAUCGGCGGAGUCGAUAGCUUCAAGAAUAGCUGGGACAGUAUUUACCACAAAAUGAGCAAUUCAGGUUUCUCUGCAAAAGCCACAUCUGACGGGUGCGAUAUUGAAGUGAAAAUUGGCGGAGGUGCUAGUGCUCCAUUUAUUUCAAGAAUCACCAUGCGCUGAUUGGCCAAUCUUAGCAAAAAAAAAAAAAAUUCAACAUGCGGCAUUAUGAAUCCUUCAAAAAAUGCGGGAAGGUCAUUAUGAAUCCAUGGAUGGUUAAUUAAUUCCGUUUUGUGUGAUCGCAUGGCACUAGUUUGUCUCAUAAUUUCCUGUAACUAGAUUAUUCCCCGUGCGUUCUUAAAAGACAUUUGCUCCAAACUAAUU